AAUUACAUAACAAACAACAAGUAUAAUAAAUACAAGAGUUGGGUUGAAACCAAGUCUUACUACUAUUUUUCUCUUUCUCACCACUCCGAUGGAGGACUUCGAGUCAUCGACGAUAAACUCGAGAUCAUCGUCAUCGAUUCAAACAGAGGUGAUUGCAGAGUUCAUCGGCAAACUGAGUCCGAUUUUGAGCGAGAUCAGAGGCUGCGUCGAGGCAGCAGAGGUGCCGGCCUUGGAGAAGGCGAUCGCCUCGUUGGAGAGCGACUACGAUCGUGCGAGGGCAGCCGUGGACAGCCCUCCCAAGAACAUCGAGAGCCUCAUACAGAAUCUUGGGAGAUCGUUGGGGCUCACUCUCUUUGCAAGCCACGAAGCGCCACUGUCGAACAAGGACAAGGUCGAGGCGCUCUGCCGGGAGAUGAUGAACGUGCGUUUCGAGUCGAGCUCGUGGGAUUUUGCCAACGAGGCGGUGGAGACAGAGUUGGAAACAGAGGAUGAAACAGGGGACGAAACAGGGGAUGAAACAGGGGAGAAAAUAGGGGAGAAAACAGGGGAGAUCAUGGAGGAGACGAGAGAGUUGACGGUUGAUGAAGCCAUUUUAGAAUUAAAGUAUGGGAGAGAGGAGGGAUUCAAGAAUGCUCUUUUUGUUUUGGAUGGAUUCUUGAAAGAUGGGAUGAUUUCAAGUGAGAUGAUUUUGGAUGAAGAUGUGGUGCGGAUCUUGUGUUGUCGAUUGGCUUCGUGCAAGGGGAACGACCGAUUGAUCAUAAUUCGAAUGCUGAGAUAUAUUUCUCAACACAAUCACCACCACAAGCAACAUAGUGUGCAGGAAAAGAUGAAAGAUUCGGAAUUCUUGUCUGCGUUGGUGAAAUCAUUGGCACGAGAUGCAGAGGAGCAGAAGGAGGCGGUCGGGCUUCUGCUCAGCCUCUGCGAUGACGAUGCAGGAGUCAUCCGGAGAAUCGGGAGGAUACAAGGUUGCAUAGUGAUGUUGGUAGCAAUCUCAAAUUUAGAUGAUGAAGAAGCUUCCCAUGAUGCAAGAAUGCUGCUAAAUAUUAUGUCUACCAACACCCAACAUGCUCUUCACAUGGCUGAAGCUGGUUAUUUCAAGCCAUUGAUCACAUAUUUAAAACAAGGUUCAGAAAUGAGCAAGGUUCUGAUGGCAAGCGCGGUGUCAAGAUUGGAGCUAACCGAUCAAAACAAGGCCGCAUUAGGGGAACAAGGGGCGAUCGAGCCCCUGGUGAGCAUGUUCAAGGAAGGAAACCUAGAGGCGAAGCUGUCCGCCUUGAACGCCCUACAGAGCAUAUCCAACCUAAAGUCGAACAUCCAAAGGCUGAUCGACUCUGGGAUGGUGGCGUCCCUCCUGCAGCUACUUUUCUCAGUGACAUCAGUCUUGAUGACACUGAGAGAGCCGGCGUCGGCCAUCCUUGCAAAAGUGGCCCAGUCGGAGACCAUACUAGUCAAGCACGACGUUGCGCAGCAGAUGCUGUCGCUCCUCAACCUCUCGAGCCCCGUCAUCCAAACCCAUCUUUUGGAGGCCCUAAACAACAUAGCCUCACACCCAACCGCUUCCCGGGUCAGGAAGAAGAUGAAGGAGAAUGGCGCGAUCCCACUCCUCCUCCCGUUGAUCACGGAGAGGGACGCCCGGAUCAGGAAUGGCGCCCUCAAGCUCAUCCACGCGCUUUCCAAAUCCACACAAGAGCUCACACUGGAGCUAGACCAAUCCCAUAUCCACACCAUUGCAAACAUAGUUCUAACAACAAAAUCAGAUUGUGAGAAGACUGCAGCCCUAGGAAUCCUUGCAAAUCUACCAAUCAACGAAAACCGAGUCACUGAGAUCCUCAAACAAGCCAAUAUACUACCUUUUUUGGCCUCAACCACCACUUCAACACCAUCAUCCAUCAUGCUAUCUGAGAGCAUUGCUUCCUUCCUGAUCCGUUUCACGAAUCCAAACGACAAAAAGCUGCAGCACUACGCGGCUGAACACGGCAUAUUCCCUCUCCUCAUCAAGCUACUCACAAGCACCUCACAAUGUGCCAAAUCCAAGGCAGCACUCAGCUUAGCCCAACUAUCACAAAACACAACAAACAUGACCAAAUCAAGAAAACUCAAGUGGCUCUGCGUGCCUCCCUCGUCCGAUUCAUUCUGCAAAGUCCAUGACCGACACUGCACGAUUAAAGGCACCUUCUGCUUGAUCAAAGCAGGGGCGAUCACUCCAUUGGUACAGAUUCUCCAAGGCGAGGAGAGAGGCGCGGAUGAGGCUGUAUUGGGCUGCUUGUCGACGCUUCUUAGAGACGAGAUAUGGGAGAGCGGGUGCAGGCAUCUGGUGGAGGAAUCGGUGGUGCAUCCAAUCAUCAGAGUUGCGGGAUGUGGGAGCUUCAAGGCUCAAGAGAAGGCCUUGUGGAUGCUGGAGAGGAUUUUUAGAGUGGAGAGUCAUAGAGAUGAGUUUGGCGAAUCCGCGGAGAAUGUGUUGAUUGAGGUGGCGCAGAAUGGUGAUCCGAUGCUCGCGCCGGUGGUGGCCAAGGUUUUGGCACAGCUGCAGCUGUUGCAGCCGCAGUCUAGUUACUUUUGAGAAGAAAUGCAUGCUUUGUAGUAGUAUUUUUUGGUUUGUUGAUCAUUUUUAUUGUUGAUAUAUUGUGAUUGAUUCAAAUUACAUUAAAAGAUGUAGUGUUUUUUGUAUGCAUAUUUCAAGUUGGGAGGAAGUGGGAUAUGAUGUAAAAACAUGAUCUUGUAUUAUUUCUAGUGAUUAAAAGUCCAGCAUGGUUUGAUGAA